AUGAAUAGCCGGCAGUAUGGAGGGGCCGAAUGGAUGUUGUGCGCCAUUCUUCUUUGUUUAUCUGACUGGUCCGCAGCUCAGAUUUCCUACUCCGUUUCCGAGGAGGUGGACAAAGGCACAGUGGUAGGGAAUCUCGCUAAGGAUUUAAACAUCCAACCACAGCAACUGGAAGAACGGGGUUUUCGGAUUGUAUCGGGAUACAGUAAGACAUAUUUCGAGGCGAAUCUAAGAACAGGAGUGUUGUUUGUUAACGAAAGAAUAGACCGUGAAGAGCUCUGUCCGAAUUUACUCAAAUGCUCCUUAAAUAUAGAGGGACUACUGAACCAUCCUAUGAAUAUUUAUCGUAUUGAAGUCAGCGUCACUGACAUAAAUGACAAUGCGCCGUCAUUUAUCGAGCAAACUCAUGUAUUUAACAUAUCUGAGUCUUCCUCAACGGGAGAAAGGUACCCUCUCCCGAUAGCUCAAGAUGCAGACAUCGGCAGUAAUUCCGUGAAAACCUACAAGUUAAGUCCGAACGAGCAUUUCUCCAUAGAUGUGAGUAGCGGAGGAGAGACUUUGUCUGCAGAGUUAGUGCUGCACAAAGCUUUAGAUCGGGAGAAGCAACCUAUUAUUAAACUAACAUUGACAGCUGUAGACGGGGGGAAACCUGCCAGAUCUGGCACUUUGCAGAUUCUAGUGAAUGUGGUAGAUGUUAAUGAUAACAUACCAUCGUUUAGCAAGUCUCUUUAUAAGGUAAGUGUUAGCGAAAAUGUGCCCAUAGGCAAAACAAUAUUGAAAUUAAAUGCAACUGAUUUAGACCAGGGGUCAAAUUCAGAUAUACGAUAUACUUUAAUGAGGACAGGGGAUGCACACUCGCCUGAAAAAUUCACAAUAAUUCCUGAGAGUGGUGAGAUUAUUGUGAAAGCAAAUUUGGAUUAUGAAGAGAGCAAUGCAUAUGAAAUACGAGUGCGAGCAACAGACCAAGGCUCCUCCCCUCGCAGUGGUUAUUCUAAAGUGUUGGUAGAGGUGAUCGAUGUCAAUGACAAUGCACCAGAAAUCUCUGUAACUUCACUAAUGAGUCCGGUAAAGGAAAGUGCGGAAAUUGGAACAGUCGUAGCAUUGGUGACUGUGACUGAUAAAGAUGGAGGGCAAAACGGUCUUACCAAGUGUAAGAUUAAAGAUGCAGUCCCUUUUACAUUAAAAUCAAAUUACAAAAACUAUUACUCAUUGAUGGUUGAUGGUCUCCUUGACAGGGAGACCGUAUCCCACUACAAUGUAACCAUCACUGCGACGGAUGAAGGUAGUCCUCCUCUUUCUAGCACUGCUGUAAUAACCAUAUACAUUACGGAUAUUAAUGACAACGCGCCUAUUUUCCCAGAAGCCAGUGUAAAUGUUUACGUGAAAGAGAACAGUAAAGUGGGAGAUAUUAUCGCAAGAACAACUGCACAGGAUGCAGACGAACAUGAAAAUGCUAAAUUGACUUAUUCAUUGUUGGACAAUCAUCCAAAAACGUAUCCGAUUUCAACGAUUGUUAACAUCAACUCGGAGACAGGAGAUAUAGUCAGUUUGCAGUCUUUUAACUUUGAGGAGUUAAAAACGUUUCAGUUUAAAGUUCAGGCCACAGACUCUGGUGUUCCUCCGCUCAGCAGCAACGUGACUGUCAAUGUUUUUAUUCUGGAUGAAAAUGACAAUAAUCCAUCUGUUCUGGCGCCCUAUUCUGAGCACGGCUCCGUUAACAGUGAGAGCAUCCCCUAUUCUGCUGAAGCGGGAUACUUUGUGGCAAAGAUCAGGGCUGUAGACGCAGACUCUGGAUACAAUGCGCUGCUUUCUUAUCACCUGUCUGAGCCUAAAGGGAACAACCUCUUCCGGAUCGGUACCAGCACCGGGGAGAUCAGGACUAAGAGAAGAAUGAGUGACAAUGACCUGAAAACUCACCCCUUGGUGGUGUUGGUUUCUGAUAACGGAGAACCCUCCCUGUCAGCUACUGUGUCUAUUGAUGUGGUGGUGGUUGAAAGCACAGCUGACAUCCAGACUCAGUUCAGACAUGUUCCUGUGAAGGAGGACAGCUUCUCUGAUUUAAACCUAUAUCUGCUGAUCGCCAUUGUGUCGGUGUCAGCGAUCUUCCUGCUGAGCCUCAUCAGUUUAAUAGCUGUCAAAUGCCACAGGACAGACGGCAGUUUCAGCAGGUACAGCGCCCCAAUGAUCACCACCCACCCUGACGGGAGCUGGUCUUACUCUAAAGCUACUCAGCAGUAUGACGUGUGUUUCAGCUCAGACACACUCAAGAGUGACAUGGUGGUUUUCCCCGCGCAGUUUCCGCCUGCAGAUGCGGAGCUGAUCAGUAUUAAUGGAGGAGACACUUAUACCAGGACUCAGACUUUACCUAACAAAGAAAAGGUAUGUGCUCUUAAAUUUGCAUUGAACUGUUUAAGCUCAUAA